GCGAGUGUGGACCGCAAAACCUGCGCAGCCGGCGAGCGACCGUGCUCGCGACCAGUCGCGUUUAGGUCAGUUUCUUUGAGUGCGUGGUGCGGUGUGUCUGUGUGGUCCUGCGGGGCGAUGUGGCCGACGUUGCAACAUGUUGGCCCUCCGCCAUGCCAAGUAUUUGGGCUCAUUUCCGGCGGCGGGUGGCGAGGCAGAUCGGGUGGAAGCCGUCACAAAGAGAUUGCAACACAUGAAGCCGGGCGGUACCGCUGUCGCCGGUCAGCCUGCGGUAUCUGCCGUGGUGGAGGUGGGUGUGUGGGGUGUCCGCGUACGUGGCGCUGGGCUGCGCAUGAGUCACGCUUUGCGUCGCAUCUCCUUCGCCACAUGUGACGCGCCACGAGCGCUCUUCGCCUUCGUCGCACGUGAGCCCCGCGAUCGCGCACACGCGCACUACUGCCACGCCUUCGAGACCGAGCAUCCGCACCAGGCGGAGGAGCUGAAUGCGCUAGUGGGAGAUGCGUUCCGCAUGGCGUUCGCCUCGCAGCUACAACCCUCUGCUCCACUUUGGAGCAAGGAGGUAAGCGGUGGUCCGCGAGCUCCCGACUCGCUUACGGGCCUCGCGCACCACUACCCGCGCUGCCACAGCAGAUCUCCCGCACGAUGCGACGCGACGGGCGGCGAGAACGCAGAGGGGUCGGCGAGCGAGGGCAGCGAGGGCAGCGAAGCGAGCGAGGGCAGCCCCAGCUCCUCCGAAGACUGGGUCUCCCCCGGCGACCCGAGUCGCUAUCGUCGCCUGGCCGAGCGACCGCCCCUGAUGAAGCGACUGGCCCUCGGGUUCAGCGGGGCGCUGCUGCAGCCGUCCGACGACGACGCCACUCCUCUCGUCACCGACACGCCCACCACGCCGACUAACGUGCCUCUGUGCCUGAACGGUGGCUACAUCAACGAGGCCACCGAGGCGGCCCGCCGAGCCGCGUCCGGGAGGGGCCUGGAGUUUCGCAGAGGGGACGCACUCUCCAACGGUCGCGGCGGAGGCAGCGCAGCCGCGUCUUCGUCCUCGGGGGAGUCGUCGGGCGGAGCGUCGCGCGAGUCCCGGGAGUCGCGGGGCUCCGGGAACAACAACUUCCGGCCGAUAGAACCCGAACUGAAGAAUGCGCCCUGGUUCCAGCAGGGAAUACCGAGAGAGAUCGCGCUGGAGGUGCUGAGCGCGCAGGCGCCGGGGGCGUUCCUGGUGCGCGGCAGCACGACGCAGGCGGAGUGCCUGGCGCUCUCGCUGCGGGUGCCGCGGGACUUCGCCGCGCACGGCAUCGCGCACUAUCUCAUCCUGCGCACCCCCAAGGGCUACAAGAUAAAGGGUUUCACGAAGGAGUUCGGCUCGCUGGCCGCGCUCGUCACCCACCACAGCGUGAUGCCCGAGCUGCUGCCGGUGCCGCUGCGGCUGCCGCGCGCUCCGCCCCGGCCCCGCGCCGACCUCGAGCCUCUCGAGCGCCUCGCCCCCCCGCCCUCCCCGCACCCCACGCCGCCCGCUCCGCCCGUCAGGUGCGCCAACAUCCUGUAGGGGACAGGGGACUCGUGUGCAUGCAAUAAUAUCUUAAAUAAUAAUUGUCGAGAGGACGUUAAUCUAUACCGAUGGCUGCGGUCGGUGUUCGAGCAUAAGUAGCUAAUUAUUAUAAUUAAUAAAUUAGAUCUUAAAGCCCGAAUACUCUAGUUCGUUAACGGUGAUCUAUUUAAUGUAACUAAAUUUUUAACAUUGUUCGAAACUUUUCCUGAGAGGAAAACUGAGAACCGAAAACUCUGUUACGAAACGUGAUCGCGAAGUGCAUUAAUUGUUGCCUGAUAUAUAUAUAAUAUGUUAGUUCUAAAAUAUGAUGAAAUUUUGGCAAAUUAUAUUAAUAUCAAAAUUAUGUAGUCGUUGCGAAGUCAUUAAAUUAUUGUACGUUGUCUGUUUGGCGCUCGCCGAGAUAGGUUUUAUAUUGAUAAUGUGAUAAUGUAAUAUUGAUAGGGUGUAUAUUAUGUAAAAUGUAUGUGGUUUGUGAGUGUAGGGAUUUGUGUCAUAUUUUUUACAUAUAGCUUUCUUACGGAGCGGUCGACGACGAUUUUAAUUUUAUUGAAUAAAUGGAAUUUCGCAUUUUACCUUCUAAUUAGUGAAUGUCGAACGAACGUUUAGUUAGGGAUGUCUAGUCUUAAUUUUGUAUUAACUUUUUUUUAUAUAUUAUUUUCUUAUGUGUACCUAUUUGUUUCGACUAAAUUCAGAUCCUCUUUGGUGCUUUUUAAAUCCAAUAAUUUUUUUCAACCUAGUGGAUGAAGACCUCGCUUCGAUAACGAUUUGGAGAAAAGUUAUAAUAAAAAAUAAUUUCUUAAACAUCCUGACGUCCGAAGCUACGUCUCCUCUAUUUUGCUAAUUUGAUUUCUAGUCUCGUAAGGUCAAUACAGUAAUACGACUGUAGCCUCAGCUCGAAAUAUAAUGUUCUGUUACUUUAACCAGACGAAUUUGCGUAUUAUUCGUGCUAUUUUCCCUUAACCUGUAUUCCGAAAACUACAUUGUAUAAGCUAUACGUAGUUGUCAGUCGUUAAUUUAUUCAUACGUAAAUAAAAUUAGUACCAAAUACGUUUAA